CCAGUCAUUUCUACAUCUAUUUUAAAGGGGUUCAUGAUUAUGCCGUUUUCUAUAUGGUUCGGUUGAUAAAACUGAUUAAUCGAUUUGAAGCACAUGGAUCUACUUCUCUACAAGCGGAUGCAUCAGAAUGAAGCAGAGCAGGAACCUCAUGGCUUGCCGUAUUCACUUCUACACAGCUUUUUCCAUUUUUUUUUUUUUUUGUUUGCUCCUGAUUUUUUAUUCUAAUAUUCUAAAGUUUAUUUAAUUUUCAUAGCACACAACAAAUAAAAUGUCAUUAUACUCAUGUCCUUGGUGAAAAUGUGUUGUAACAAUAUGUCAACCGACUGGAAAAAGUAACAAAAGCAGACAAAUAAAAAGCAAGAAAGAAACAACAAGAGAAUAAACCAAAUAAAACAAGAAUUUUUAUUUUAUUUAACCCUCAUAAUUCAUAUUGUGUGAGCAUUUGAAUUGUUUACAAUCAUUUCAAUAGAGAAAGACAUUUUUAAGCUUUAGUUUCUUUUUAUAUGCCUUCCAUCAUGAGAAAAACGCAGAAAGAACAUGUUCUUCAUCCUGUCUUCAAAGCAGCCGCAGGUGACACGCCCCUAACGACACCCCGCCCACUUUUUGUGUCCGGUUACUAGGCAGAAAGCUAGCGAACACCUGCGUCAGCAACGUCAGUCACUCUGCGACAUUGUCUGCGUCAAACUGUGACCUAUUCGGAGCAUUGGGACAAUCUGGAAGUUCCAUUUGGCCUGAAUGGAACGAGGCUGACGUCAACAAAGAGAAUUGGAGUUCAGGAGGACCCAACACAAAAUCCAAAAAACGUCCCAAAGCUGCUUUUUAUGAAGAUCCAGAGGAGAAACCUUUUCUGCCUCCAUCUCUAAAAGUGCACAGCUGGAAGCGUCCUGCAGACUUUCUAACAGAACAGAAUCUCACAGUUGUAGAAAACCAAACAUCCUUUGAUCUGCUCACUCCCAACGAGCAUCUGAUGUUUUGUCAGACGAUUACAAGCAUCAUCAAUGACAUCUACAUUGUCUGGUUUCAACAUAACUGGAGACCCUGGGAGCUCGUCUACUCGCUGUGUAAAGUGGUGGAAGAUCAUGUCCCGCAGUACAACAGUUACGGAAAAUAUGUGGUCAAACUGUUCUGGAUGGGCUCCUGGAGAAUGAUAACCAUUGAUGAUGCCAUGCCUUUUGACGAGGAGGAUAACUUGCUUCUGCCUGCCUCCACGUGUCAGUCAGAGCUGUGGCCGAUGCUGCUGGCUAAGGCUCUCAUGAAAGUGGCCAGCACAAAUGCCGGGGCAAAUUCCAGUGAAUUCACCUUCAUUCAGGCUUUGACUGGCUGGAUCCAAGAAAUCCAUCCCAUCAAGUUUAGGUCUCCAGAGAAGACCUGGAACUUUCUACAGGACACCAUUCCCAAAUUUAAGCUCCAGGAUGAGAGCGUACCAGAGAUGGAGCCCGGCGGCCAAAUUACAGAAACAGAUUCCAGCCUUAGUGUCGAAACAAGUCCACCGCCGCUGGAGCAAAAGGGCGCUAAAGAUGCCUCAGAAGUGGUGGUGUGCGCUAGCUUCUACGCUUUUCAAACGCACUGCAGUGCCUUUGAGCUGAGCCAAAUGGUUGAAUCUGCAGAAACGCUGCGUCGCUACGGCUUAUCCCUGCUGCGUGGUCAUGCUGUCCUAUUAACUAGAACGCGAGCGGGCCCGCUGGAGCCACCGCCCACAUCUCCACCUGUACCCCGGUGGAAACUCAUUCGUCCACAGAAGAGGACCGUAGUCACCUCUGAGCCACAAAAAACUCCUCAGCCAAAACCAGAACACUUCAUUGAAGUUGCCAGUCUUUAUUUCUCCAACCGUUUCAAGAACAGGAGUGGGUCCUUGUCGGAGUUGGAAACUGGACUAAACUCCACGGUGAAGUGUUCCUGCACAUCCAUGGCGCCCAUUUCUGAGACGGAAGAUGCUGACUGUCAGGAAUUCUUGGAUCCUGAUGCAGCUAAACCCAACUCCCCGAACAACCUGGAAAAAACAGAGGUCUCAGUGGAGGACAUGAAGAAGGGCAGCGAUAACAUCUCUAAUGAUGAUUCAACCAUGGCAGAGAAAGAACCGGCAACGGAAGAAGCGUCCGCUGAUGUUCAGUCCCCUCUGAGCAGGACAUGGGUGGACCUCCAUGACUUUGUGAAGGGUUUUAAGUAUCUCUUGGUUUUCCAUAAACCACAUUUUUAUCCUCAUUCUUUCCAGCAGUCGAGUUUUAAGAGCACUGUUCUAUCCGAGAUAACGGGAGGCACCUCCUCUGGAUCAUCCACACGUUGCUCCACUCCUGCAUGCCUAACCCUAGAAAGCCCUGAAAGUCCAACGAUAAGACGUGAGCACUACCUUUGCAUCGAUAGCCUCCAUCCAUCUCAAACGCUUAUCAGCUUCUCUGCUCUUCUCUCCUGGGGAGAGGACUCCGAGAAAAAACAGGAAGCGUCUGGAGGAAGCGAGCCCGCAGUGCUCACCAUCCUUCCAUAUUUAUGGACCAGCAUCCAAGCUCAGAUGCCAGUUUUCAUCAUCAAGACGACCUGCUCAAAGGCAGCGGUGCUGGACUUACCCAAAGGACGACAUUUGAUGGUUGUCCACGUUCGUGCACCACUGGGAUACCACGUCCUCCUGUGCAGCAAGACACCAUUCAGCUUUGGAGAUGAAGAAACCGUCAUGGCAGAGUUCACAAAGGAAAGUGCUUGUUUCACCGAGCAGGCCCUUGCAAUUUAUGGAGCUUUGUCAAGAGUAGCAGCUUCGCUUGGUGACGAACAGAAACUGCCAGCCCUCAAAGAAACCCUGAAAAUGGCUCACUGCCCCAUUAACUUCAGCACCACUUUGGAGGAACAGCAACACCAUGAGGUGUUUGGUUUAGCUGUUUACCACAUGCUGCGUGAGGCUCUGAGCAGAGAGCUGACUCCAGACGAGCGGUUUGCUGUUCAGGUUCUCACAGAAGCUCCUGAGACAUUUCCCCCAACAUUAAAAGAUGACAAGCAAACCAACAGUGAUGUCCAGAGUGCACGAGAAGAAAUCCUGGAUGCAGAAGUCUUAAAUCCUUCAGAAGCAGGAAUGAAGGAGAACUCGCAUGCCGCUGAGAUCCUCUUGGACAUUUGGCCAAAAGCGGAAGCAGACGCAGAAAAACAUGCAGUUACGCUGUUAAGAUAUAUGUUUGAAAAUUCUGAGAAGACAGCCCAGCUUUACCCUUUUCUUCACAAUGAACCGCCCAGAAUCGCCUUUACGGAUUACUCUGUUCCUCUGCGAGAGACGGCUGACUCCUGGGAGAUGGUCUUUAGAGAGGUCUUCAUGGUUCCACAGAAGAUGCUGCUGGCAGCAAAAGUCUUCUCUACUGUUAGAAAUGUACUGCAUGUGAUAAACAAUGAUACAGGAGAGGAGGUAGAAAUGCUCUUCACAAAAGUCCCACCUCGGGUCUUUCAACCUAAUAAGAGUGGUUACACUUUUGUAGCAGAAGUCUGGAAACCCGAAUCACUUCCUGCUGAUGCCAAAUGGAAGAUGGUUUUGAUGAGCACAGAGGAGCCACUUCCAAAAAUGUCCCGGGAAACUCCACUCUCUGCAUUCUCAGUGAAGAAAUUCCAGGAUUAUUACACCCCAAACAACACAAAUGUCAUGUGUCGUUAUCUCGUUCAACUCAGAGCAGAAACCAUGGCAACAGUUCAGUUUCAGACGUCCAAGUCAGAUGUGGUGAUCCACCUGUCCAUCCUGGACCAAGAUAAGGAAUUGGUUGCGAACACUGGGACGGGACAUGUGAUGAUCCCACUCUUCCACUUCCUGCUUCAAGGAGACUCCAGUUGUGCAGAUGAGACGAACCCGCAGCAGAGACUUGGGACGGACAGCACAGCUGGAGCAGCAGACUCUGGCCAGCCUCCCCAACAGACUCCGGAACACAAGUACGUGGUGCAGGCUCUAGUGCUCUAUGGAAGCUGGCCUUUGGAUGAAUCUGAGUUGGCUUUUGCCAAUAUGCUUAAAGACAAGGAGAAGAAUGAGAUGAGAGAGAAUAGACUCAAAGAUGGGAAUUCAUCCAACCCAACAGCACCCGAUGAUUCCACUGACGGCCCCCAGAGCAGCCGCAAAGCCAGAAGGGACGGAAAGAAGGGAAAGUCUGCGGCAGCUUCUGGAUUCAAGCAGGACACGAGCCUUGACCUGACCAAACCCCACUGGAUCCUGCGUGUUGUCACUGAAAACACUAAAACGGAGAGCAUUGAGGCGAAGAAGGACACAGAGCGCAGUGAUCAGAUCAGAGCCAUUAAAGACAGCUGGGAGAAGCUUGAACCAGGACGCUGCGCCAAGGCUCUGCAGACCCAUCUAAGGUUUCUAAACCGAGUCCAGAAUGAAGCGAAGGAUGAAGCUGCCUUGGAUGAAACCACAGAUCCUGCUGCUGCCAGUUGUGACCUAGAUCCCUGUGUCAGUUCACCCAACAACACCCUCCCUGACUUCAGUCACCUGCUCAGAGACCCAAAAGGAUCUGCUGAGCUGACGGACUCCCAGAGAGAGGAAGAGCGUGACCGGGAGCUUCUGGAGAAGAUCCAGACCCAUCAGUCCAUCCGUAGAAGUUUUCUGGAGAGGCACAAACAUCAGGCGUCUCACCGAAAGGAGUUUGUGAAGCAACAGCUGAAGAUGUAUCAGAGCAUGCAGGAUGACUGGCAGAAAUCACUUAAUGCUUUUAAAGAGCAUUAUGAGAAACUGGGUCUGGAGGAAGCUGGCACUACAAACAGAGCCCCCCCUUAGUAUCAAUGCAGUAAGGAUGCCGAGAGAUUACAAAAAUAGAAAGAGAUCUCAUUCAGUCUUAAACAAUUCUCUUUGCUUCAGAUUGGUACCUCCUCGAUUCCAGUAAACCAUCAGACCUUUUAGUUUUCCUAUUUCUCAUCUAUUAAAUAGAAUUUUUUGUGCAUUUUUAAGGUUAAUUCAUUCAAUAAAUCUUUCUGUAUUUUAAAACUGAAGCCGUUUGAGGUAAUACGGGGUUAUGAGGAAUAAAAUAUUUGUUUUCUUGAAAUAAAUCCCUAAAAAAUUAGCAUUUUCUUACAAACAUUCAUCAUUUAAAAGCCCAAACACUGAAGCUCUUCUUUACUUGUUUCCAGAUUUCAAACAAAAAAUAAAACAAAUAUGUAUUUAGAAACUUUUGUUUUUUUUUUAGUGUGUUUGUAAAGGUUUAAAGUAGUGCUUAAAACUUCUCAUCUUCUGCAAAUCUGUUGUUUUCUUUGACUGCUUGGCACUAGAGGGGACUUGGCCCCCCUCGCUGAGAGCUAUUGAUCGAUCGAUCGAUUAGAAGACUUAAGCUUUCCUGAUAGAAGGUCCUUUGUAAUCUGAAUGAAAAAGAAAGAGAUGUUUAAGAAUAAAUGCUUUAGUCUCUGUAAUAAACCAAAACUUUAUAACACUACAGUUUAAACAAAAACUUCAAACUAACUCUUGUGAGUCUUAAUCAGAUGUAUUUCCUUUAAGUUAAUAAAAAAAAAACUAUUGUUAUUUUAUA